AUGGCUCCCCUUCCCCCAUCAACCAAAGCGCCCUCCGCCCGCGCACUUCGCAUGCAACGCAUCACCGGCCAAAUCCACCCUCUCCUCCCAUCCAAGAUCUUCCGCACAGACGCCCACGUCACAGAUGACUUCCUCAACUCCAAGCGCGACAAGCGCAUGAUGAAACACUCCUCCUUCGUAUCAAGAAUCACAUCCUCAAAAAUCAGCAAGAACAAGCGCCGCCGGCCGAAGAACAAACUCAAGACAUCGCUAGAAGGGCUCGCAGAUGCGCUGCCAGAAUUGAAGGGUGGCGAGGGCGGCGAGGAGAUACUCGCCGGGAAGGUGAAGCACAAGAGUCUGAAGAGCAAACGAGGUGCGCUGAAGAAGAAGGAGAGGAUUGUUAAGGGCGAGAUGGAGAGGUUUGGCGCUAGUAUGGCUAGGCUGUCGGGGACUCAGCAGGCUGCUCGUACGAAUACCCAGAAGAGUGCGAUUGACGAAGAUAGUGAUGCGGAGGAUGAGGACAUGACCACACAAAGUCCUGUUCCUGCUCAGCAAGGAGUUCCGCAACAAGGUUCUGCGGCGGCACAAACUGCUACUUCGGAUAGAUGGGCUGCGUUGAGAGGCUACAUUUCGGCGACUAUGGAGCAAAAUCCGGCGUUUGCGGGAAAAAGAAAUACGUAA